UAGUGUUAGCUUUGGGAGAAGCAGCAGCAGCAGAUCCUCCAAACUUACCCCCCCCCACUCUCAGCUCAAUACCUGCAUUACCCUCUACCUGCGCACACCUGAGCUUCUGACCCGGAUUACCGCGCGCGCGCAGCUCCAGCAUGGGCUUCAGAAAGAAGAACAAGAGCCCCCCGGUUCUGAGCCACGAGUUUGUGAUCCAGAAUCACGCCGAUAUGGUUUCGUGUGUGGCGAUGAUCAUCCUGCUGGGGCUGAUGUUCGAGGUAACGGCAAAGUUUGCCAUCAUGUUCAUCACUGUCCAGUACAAUGUCACUCAAACAUCAGAAGAGAAGCCUGAGCCGGUGAACUUUUACCAGUACGGACCGAAGGACAUCGCCACGGUCUUCUUCUACCUGCUCAUCGCCAUCAUCCUCCACGCCCUGAUCCAGGAAUACGUGCUGGACAAGAUUAACCGGCGGCUGCACUUGUCUAAAACGAAGCACAGUAAGUUUAAUGAGUCGGGUCAGCUGGCAGCGUUCUACCUGUUCUCCUUCAUCUGGGGCUGCAGCAUCCUCACCGCCGAGGAAUUUGUGACAAAUCCCACGUUUCUGUGGGAGGGAUACCCUCAUACCCACAUGACUUUUCAGGUUAAGUUCUUCUACAUCUGCCAGAUUGCCUACUGGUUCCACGCCCUUCCAGAACUCUACUUUCAGAAGGUCAGAAAGGAGGACAUUCCUCGUCAGCUUUACUACAUCUGCCUUUAUAUUUUCCACAUCACUGGUGCCUACAUCCUGAAUCUUCACCGGUUGGGUCUGGUCCUUUUGAUUCCUCACUACCUGGUGGAGCUGCUCUUCCACGCCUCACGACUCUUCUACUUCAGUAACGAGAACAAGCAGAAAGGGUUUACACUGUGGGCGCUCCUCUUCGUUAUCGCUCGUCUCCUGACGCUCACUCUUUCUGUUUUGACGUUUGGGUUCGGAUUGUCUCGUACGGAUAAUCAGGGAUUCUCAUUGGCAGAAGGAAACUUUAAUGUUCUCACUGUCAGGAUGACGUGUCUGUCGGCUAUCUGUCUGACUCAGGCCUGGAUGAUGUGGAAAUUCAUCAACUUCCAGCUGAAGAAGUGGAGAGAGCAGAGCCAGAUCCAGGCCAGCAAGAAGAAAACAGUCAGUCCUAAAAGCAAACCCACCAAGAAAGACUCGUCCAGGGGAGGAUCAGUGAACGGAGUGAUGAAACCGGAGGAGAAAACGUCACCCAGAGCCAGAAAAACGAAAGCCUCCUAGAUGAAUGGAGGCGAGGUGCUGAAAACGAGACACUGUUUCUAUUCUCUCUCUCUCUCUUUCUCUCUUUCUCUCUGUCUUUCUAAACUCCAACUGUAGAAAAACGGAAAGGUUCGCGUCGUAUUUCUCCUGAAAGAACCGCCUGAAAGAGUCUCACCGUCCCCUUAAUCCGUGCGGUCCGGCGCAGCGAGCGGCAGAGCAGCAGACUGUGGGAGUGUUUUUUUUUUUUGU